GCCAGCGCCAGAGCCGCCCCCGAUGGAGGUCCGGUGCCUGCUCGCGUGCGUCCUGCUGGCGGUGCUGCUCCGGCCCGCCGGCGCCGCCGAGCGCGUCAUGAGAGAGUGGCGCCGCGACAGAGCGCCCAAACUCUUUGGUGACAAGGUGGCCGGCUGGCAGCUGGACGCCCGCUCGCCGAAGGUGCAGCGCAAGCUGACACACUUCCACAACCGCUUCAGGAGCCGCGUGAAGCCCCGCGCCGCCAACAUGCUCAAGAUGAGCUGGCACAGGGGUGCCGCCAAGGACGCCCAGGUAUGGGCUGAGGAAUGCCAGCUGUUGGUACACGCCAAUGAUACGGGCAGGUGGCAACAGAACUUCGGUGCUUGCGGCCAGAACAUCUUCGUCUCAACGCACAAAGUGCCGUGGUACUUUGCCAUUAAGAGCUGGUUCUUGGAGAAGGACAUCUUCCGGUUCGGUUCAAGCAAGAACAACCUUACGGAAGUCGGUCACUACACCCAGAUGGUAUGGUACUCCACGCAUAAGGUGGGGUGCGCAUGGACCUUCUGCAAGAACGCCAAGCCCACUCCGUACUACAACUACGUCUGCAACUACUGCCCCACCGGCAACUACGUGGAGCGUCUGGGUCGGCCGUACCAGCCAGGCCGGCCCUGCAGUCGCUGCCGGCGCUCCUGCAACAGCAAGAAGCGGCUGUGCACCAACUCGUGCCCGUGGUCGGAUCGUUGGAGCAACUGUGCCCAGCUGCGCCGGCUGGACAGAAACUGGACGUGCCGGACGCGCGGUAAACCGGCCCGCGCCUGCCGCGCCACCUGCCGCUGCCACAACCGGGUCCACUGACGGGUCACGACACCUGCGGCCGGGGCGGUGAUCCGUUACAGGGCCCGCGGCUGGGGCGGUGCCAGGUC